AGGCAGCGCUGCCCGCUCCCGGCCCCGCGCCCGGCCCGCCGCUCUCCUGCCUCCUCCCCUGCUCGGCCCCGGCAGGGGCAGCCCGGGGGCGCCGCGGGAGCCCGAGCGCAGCGCGGCGCCUCCAUGAGCUCCUGAGCUCCCACCCUGCCCCGUCCUCCCCGCGACAGCGGCUCCAGGUGCGCGGGUCCGAGCACAGCCGGGACGCAGCUGGCUGCAAUGGCGUCCAACAUGGACCGAGAAAUGAUAUUGGCUGAUUUCCAGGCAUGUACUGGUAUUGAAAAUAUUGAUGAAGCUAUAACGUUGCUUGAACAAAAUAACUGGGAUUUAGUGGCAGCUAUAAAUGGUGUUAUACCACAAGAAAAUGGCAUUCUACAAAGUGAGUACGGUGUGGAGACUCUGCACGGACCAGCGUAUGGCCCCAGCAGUCACUCUGCUGCAGCUUCCUCAGCUCCUUCCUCCUCCUCAGCAUUUCGCCAUGUAGUGCCAUCUAGACAAAUAGUGGAAAGGCAACCUCGAAUGCUGGACUUCAGGGUUGAGUACAGAGACAGAAAUGUGGAUGUAGUACUUGAAGACAGCUCUACAGUGGGAGAUAUAAAACAUAUUCUAGAAAAUGAACUUCAGAUUCCUGCAUCUAAAAUGCUGUUAAAAGGGUGGAAGACUGGAGAUGUAGAUGAUAGUACUGUUUUAAAAAGUCUACACUUGCCAAAAAAUAAUAGUCUUUAUGUUCUAACACCUGACCUGCCUCCUCCUUCUUCAAGUCAUUCUGGGGCCCUGCAGGAGUCAUUAAAUCAAAACUUCAUGCUGAUUGUCACCCAUCGAGAAGUCCAGCGGGAGUACAACCUCAACUUCUCAGGAAGCAGUACCAUUCAGGAGGUGAAGAGGAAUGUGUAUGACCUGACCAGUAUCCCUGUCCGUCACCAGCUGUGGGAAGGUUGGCCUUCUUCUGCCACAGAUGACUCAAUGACUUUGGCCGUGUCGGGACUGACUUUUCCUUGCCAUCGACUCACAGUUGGAAGAAGAUCUUCACCUGUGCAAACAAGGGAGCAGUCAGAGGAGCAAUGCACUGAUGUUCAUAUGGUUAGUGAUAGUGAUGGAGAUGACUUUGAAGAUGCUACUGAGUUUGGAGUUGAUGAUGGAGAAAUGUUUGGAGUAGCUUCAUCUGCCUUGAGGAAAUCACCAAUGAUGCCAGAAAAUGCUGAAAAUGAAGGAGAUGCCUUAUUACAAUUUACAGCAGAGUUUUCUUCAAGAUAUGGUGACUGCCAUCCUGUUUAUUUUAUUGGAUCAUUAGAGGCUGCUUUUCAAGAAGCCUUCUAUGGGAAAGCAAGAGAUAGAAAGCUUCUUGCUAUCUACCUCCACCAUGAUGAAAGUGUACUAACCAACGUCUUCUGCUCACAAAUGCUUUGUGCUGAAUCCAUUGUCUCCUACCUGAGUCAGAACUUCAUAACCUGGGCAUGGGACAUGACAAAAGAAGCAAACAGAGCAAGGUUUCUGACAAUGUGCACUAGACAUUUUGGGAGUGUUGUAGCCCAAACCAUUCGAACUCAGAAGACAGACCAGUUUCCACUUUUCCUGAUUAUUAUGGGGAAACGAUCAUCUAAUGAAGUGUUGAAUGUAAUACAAGGUAACACAACAGUGGAUGAGCUAAUGAUGAGGCUGAUGGCUGCAAUGGAGAUCUUCAGUGCCCAGCAGCAGGAAGACAUAAAGGAUGAGGAUGAACGUGAAGCCAGAGAAAACGUGAAGAGAGAGCAGGACGAAGCGUACCGCAUCUCUCUGGAGGCUGACAGAGCCAAGAGGGAAGCACAGGAGAGAGAAAUGGCAGAGCAGUUUCGCUUGGAGCAGAUCCGGAAAGAGCAGGAGGAGGAACGUGAGGCCAUCAGGCUGUCUCUGGAGCAGUCCUUGCCCCCCGAGCCCAAGGAGGAGAGCACUGAGUCUGUCAGCAAACUCCGCAUCCGGACGCCCAGCGGAGAAUUCUUUGAGCGGCGUUUCCUGGCCAGCAGCAAGCUGCAGGUUGUCUUUGAUUUUGUAGCUUCCAAGGGAUAUCCUUGGGAGGAGUACAAGCUGCUGGGCACCUUUCCGAGGAGAGAUGUGACCCAGCUGGAUCCAAAUAAAUCAUUACUGGAGGUAAAACUGUAUCCUCAAGAAACCCUUUUCCUAGAGGCAAAAGAAUAGAUCAAACAAGAUUGUAGGACUAAUCAUCCUUUGAUAAGCCAGAGGCACAGCAUCGAGAGGAAGACUUCUCUGAGCACCACCUUGUACUGACAUCCAGCUCAAUUCCAUGUCACCAGUUUGCCUCUUGCAAGAAUCCUGAAAAAUUGAAAAAACAAACAUAGCUACUUAAAGUUUCACAUACAUGAGUAUAUGUUUCCAACCUCAUUUAAAUGAGCAGAGGAUAAAGUUCUGCUAUGAACACUGAACAUUAUGAUUCUGUUGCUCACUUAUCAUCCAGCUUUUGUUAUAAUUAAUGCACUGUUAAAAUGUGAGUGAUUGUUAAGUAGAAUUUUUACUCCUCAAAUGCCCCUUUUUCACCAAGAAAUCUUGGACAUUUCUGCCUGUACUUUUGACACUAGAAUGCUGUAUAUUUGAUAUCUCACUGAGCCAGUGCUCUCAUAUAUAUGCAUUUUAUUUCUGUGUUUGAAUUUCUACUUUGUCAACUAAUUUAAAAAGGCAGAAAAAAAAAAUUAAUGGGACAUUCUCAGCCAUGGCAACUUAACAGUAUUAUAGUAGAAAGCAUAUAAUUUUUGUUAGUACUUUCUGACUUCUUUGAUAAGAUGUAAGGUUUUGUUUGGAGAAUAUAGUUUGACAUAUAUGCGAGAUAUUUAUUUACUGGUUCUGCUUUGGGUCUCAGUUCCAAUUCAGUUUAGGAAGUAUUUUCCAUUACAUUGCAGUGUGAAACUGCUUAUUGCAUGAUGUGAAUAUUUAAAUAACAUUAGACAUGGCCAGUACCAGAAACCUGGUAUCUUGCCAACACUUCAGGAAUCAGCUGAUAUUGAAUAUCAGCUGUUAAAAACCUUUCAAAUACCAGAUACAACAGUUCUUUAUUUCUCCUUGUGAAAGAAAGGGCAGUUCCCAUUCUAGCAGUUUUUCUUCAUUCUGGCACUUGCUUGUCUCCUAUUACUCUGCUGGUUUAAAGCACCUUGUUUGGUUCAUCAAACAAUGGGUAUUUUAAGGGGUGGUGUAGUAAGAAAUCUGCCUUAUUGUUGCACACUUUGGACAUAUUAACAAUACAUUAUUGAUCCCAUCUCAAAUUAAAGAAAUCGUAGUUCUCUUGUCUGAAAUGGAUGCACCAGCUCCCUGCUACCUGCCAUGGAAAAAUCUGGUACUCUAAAUUUCUCAACCAUAGAAUGAGCAUACUGAGGCUAAGACCAUAGCGUGCAGUUGAUGCCAAACCUGCAUCAAAACUGGUUUGUUUGGGGGUUUUUCUUCUCUCUCUCUUUUUUUUUUAAAUUUAUUUUUAUUUUUAUUUUCCCUUCCUUUUUUUCCCCCCUUUUUUUGUUUUUGUUUUAUCUUGGGGCUUGCAGGACAGUGCACAGUAGCACUACAGGAUCAUCAUCUGCUAAACUAAUUUUUUUUUUUUUUUUCAUUUAAAGCCUGGCACAUUGUUUUCCAUCUAUGUUUAUACGUAAUUCAUAGUGUUUAUUGUAGCUGAAUGAGUUCUGAUUUGAAAAUUUUAUACUAAGCUCAAACCAGUUGCACACAUCUUUUAGUCUUUCUUUUUCUCUUUGGAAGGAUGGUGAUAUAAAAUUAAAUGUAUGCCUAUUAUUAAGAUGUUAGUGAUGCUGAUAUAUUGUUACCUUUACCAAAAAUGCGAAUUUCUGAGCAGGCAAAGCCUUAUUCUACCUUUUAUAAUUCUGUAAUUAGUGAGUGCUACACCAGACACUUUUAGAAGUGAAGUAUCUAUGACAAACAAAAGGUUUAGAAGUGUAAGCAAAUCCUAAUAAUUUGCAGUUCACAAAUAAAAGAACUCCUAGCCAAUAGAAUGAUAAAUGUAUGUGUAAUGGAAGGCUGAAUGCAGACGCUUCAUUCUGAACUUUCGUUUUCUUACAAAACAAAAAAUUCCACUGCGUUUAUUAAAUAAGAAAUUAACAUGGGUUGCAAAUUGGGGUGAUGCUGUUUCUACGAACAAUCACAGUAAACAUACAGCAGGAUUUUAAAGUGAUGCAUUUCUUUAUUUUCCUUCUAAGCUGGCUGUAGAGGAAAGGAGUUGCUGAAAUAGUGCUACACCAAGCAAAGCGACCUUUCAGCUAACUUGUUUAUAUUAAUCUGUUCUGUUUAACUUCUGUUUGAUCUCAUCAGGCUGUUUUCUCUCACUCAACUUGAUUUCUGUAUUUUGACUAUAUAUUCUUUACUUUGAUACUAGUUUUAUAAAGUUAUUAAAUGUGGCUUGAAUAUUUGUUGAACUUGUUGAAGUCAGUGCUCCCAGGGUUGUUUGGUUUUGGUUUUUUUUUCUUCUAAACUCCAUUAUUUUUUUCCCUCAUUUUGUUCAUAUUGCAAAAUACACUGUCAUUAUCAAAAUGUUCUAGUGAUAAUUAACUGGAAGUGUUCAAAGUGGUGGCAUUACUUCCCUCUGAUAUAAAGAUUUGGAGAUCAGUAUACAGGGAUCAUUCUGCCACAACGUAAACAAGUGUAUCGCUCUUUAAAUAAAACGUUCAUGAUUUUGGUCCUUAAAUACUUUGGGCCUGAUUUCAAGAAGCAACCAUGUCGAGUCACCUUUCUGAAUCACACCAUCAGCAUAAACCAAUCCCUGUGUAGAAAUAUUAAUAUUCUAUGCCAUCAUUUUCUGCUCUCCUGGUAUUCCCUUCACAUGCUCUGCUGGCAUGGAUAAUCCUCUAGUCAUUCGAAUUUUGUAAUUCAGAAUUACCCUAGAACUGUAACACCAUUGCUACAGAGCACAUCCCUGAUUCCUUUUUAUCUUCAGGUUCUUCACAUUAAUGGAUUACCAUUAAGGUGAUUAAUGCAUUAGUUUUAAGUCUUAGGGAAUUAGUGUUGCUGAAAGGAAUCCCGUGCAAUGCAUCAGCUUCCGUGGCUCGUGGGGUGAGGGUGGGGCACCCUCUGGUUUUGGGAGAAACUUGCUGCCUGUUGACAGUGGUGUUUGAAAUCAUUACUAGAGACCGUGCAGAACACGGUGUUUGCUCUGUACUCUCUGUGUGUGCACCCUUCAGCUCAGUGGGAGUGCUGAGGAUGUUUCUAAUGGAGCUGUUUGGGGAGUUUGUCUGUCCUUUUUAAUGUAGCAGAAGAGGACUUUGGCUUUCAUGAACUGUACCUACUCAGCGACAUUAGAAACUUAAAAUAAAUUUUCAAUUGCAGCAGUAUUUCUACUAAACAGUUACAUCAUUUCACUCUUCCUUAUGUAGGAAAAAAUCAAGUCCCAAUAUCCCAGAGUCACAGGACUGAAGUGCUUCACUAUGCAGGCCUUGUGUCCAGGCUCCCUAAACAAUGCAUGAGAACAUUUCAGUGCCUUAGAACAGCUUCCACAGCAAGCACAAAGCACAUCAGUGGGUGUCUCUACACGAGGAGAGUCACUGCCAGGCAGAACCAGAACCUGCUUGGAGCACUCAGUCAGGAAUGCUGAGGAUGGAGGUGUCUUGUGUGUGCCAUUCCUGCCUGGGGCAAAGGCAGAGGGGAACCUCUGCUCCCCUGCACUCAGGCUGGGCACCAAGGGAGGCACCAAGACCUUCCACCAUUUGACAAAGCAGAGGAUACAUUUUUAUUUGAAAACAGUGAUGGUGGCCUCCUCCAGAGGAGUUUUCACUGAUUUUAAUUCACACUUUGGUUUUUCCAAUAUUGUGAGGGCCUGAGUAGGGACAAGUUCCUGUGCUGGACAUUCCCUAGUCUGCUUCAACACCACCAUAGCACUGCACCUUUUAAUGUGUGUGCUGCCCACUAGCAAAGCUUGACUGCCAAAAUACAGAAUUCCUUUAAGGUCCUUGAGAAGGAGGGUGAAAAUCAGUCUUUAAGCUGUGUGCUUGCCUGGGCUGAGACAACCCAGCCCUUGACAGUGGAUGUUCAUUGCAACCAUUGGUCUUUUUGAACAAAAGAGCUGAGAGUGGAAACUGGAUGUUGAUUCUGCACCUGAGUUUAGUUUUAUUACUCUGGUUGUGUAAAAGAGAAGGCAACUGCAGUAGCCUUAAUUUUUUUUUUUUUCUGGAUGGGUCAUGAAAGAAAGCAGAAAUUACUGUACACUGUACACAGCAUGAGACAUUGCUCUCUACCUGAAACUUUUCCCCACAGAUGACAAAGGUGGAGAAAUACCAAGUUUAGCACUAAGUGUGUCAGGAUCCAGGGUGUUUUAUACUCAAUAUAGUCUGAUAUAGAUGUACACUUCUGCAAGCAGAGCCAUCUCUGCCCCCACCUUGCACUGGAACCAGGCAAACUAAUUAACAAGAGACCAUUCUUUUUCCUGGAGCAGUUUUGAGGCUGAUGCAGCUCACUGGUGGGAAUCAGUGAGGAUGAGAGGAAGAGGAAGGCAAGGCUGCUCCCCCUGACAGCAUUGCUGAUUUAUAUAGGAUGAAAUUGGUCAGGCUCCUUGAAAUAUUUUUUAAAUAUCUUAUUACUACCUUUGUAUUUUACAUCCUUUUGUUUUUAGGGUUUUUUUAAAUUAUUAUUUCAAGCAAAUUUAAUCCUAUAAAGGUUUGGCUGUCUAAAAUUUCCUUAAAUCUUGUCAAAGUCAGCAUCCCAGAAUUCAGGAAAUGAGAAGGCAGAUGAAAGAUCCCCUGAGUCUAUGCAGUGAAGGCAAGGCUCCAGAUCCAACUCUUGGGAGUCACUCCAGACCCUAAAAGUUUCAAAGGGUUUUAAUGUCUCAUUAGAUAACAGGGAAUCCACUCCUUAGCCAGGGCUUUCCUCUGUGGAUUCUUUUGUGUAAUAAAGACUGAAGUCACACUGCAGCCCUAAUAUAAUUCAAUUAAAAUGUCACUCAACUGCUGGUUAGAGGAGGAGGUUUCAUUAGUUCCUGUGAUUACAGAGCUGCUGGUUAACAGAAUUGUUAUUUUGUACUUAGUACCAGUGAGUUUCUUUUGCUGUUUCCCAGCUCCAUGUUGUGACAGUGUUCCCCAGGAUUCCACAGCUCAUUGCUGUUCCCUUUCCAUCCACUCAGCUUGAGUGGGUUUGUUUUAUUUAUUGAUAGCAACAGCUCACCACUGAUCCCUUCCUCCAGGUACUGGUGUCUGAGUACCUUGAAUGACACAGGUUCCCUCACAGGUUCUUGGGGACAUGGCUGGAAUCCUCUCACUGUGAAAAUUUGUUGAAUUCUGCUUCCAGCCAUCAAAUCUCAGAUAAUGUUACUUUUUUUUUUUAAACUCAAGAAAAUAUUUUUCCACUGUAGUAAACACCACUACAAAUAACUAGCUUAGUUAUUUCUAUUUUUAAUAAAAGGAGUCUUUUACACUAUAAAAAAAUCUUUGGCAGGUUUCCUGUUUCUGAUAUUUUUAAUAAUCCUUUACAUCUUUGGUAGUUGUUCCUUGCAAUCUGUCAGUUGUUUAAUUCAGGAUUUCUGUCUUCCAAAAGUUAAAUUUCCAUGGAUUUUCUGAUUUUCUUUUUAGUUUCCUACUUUGAGUCUCUCUUCCUAUUACAUCCUUGAAUGUGCUGGUUCACAUGACCCAGCUGCUUCUUGUGGGCAUUCUGCAGUCUUUUUAAGUCAGCUACCUGUGUACUCUGAGGAUCUAAGAUCGUGUCUUCAAAAAGUUUUGGUUACAAUCUUAGUCUUUUACCUGUGACUUUCACUUCUGUUAUCUUCUUUUUUAUGCAGUUUUCUUUGGAAAAGGUAGUGCUAGUUGGGUGAUUUUAAAGAAUUAUUAUCAUUUCGUAAAGUAGUGAAUAUAAGUAUGUUUUCAUUCACCUAAAAAUGUCGUUUCUAUAAUUUUAUUUGCCUCUAUGCUUUAUUUAAUCUACUGUCACAGUCCCCAUUAGCAUGAGUUCCUAUCACUGAUAAGUAUUUUAUACCUUGUAAUUAUGGCAUCCUACUCAUGAUUUUGCCUUUUCUAAAUUUACAGGUAGACCUCAUUUGUUGUAAUUUGAAAACCCCCGUUCUGUUGCAGCCAUUUUAGGAACUUAAAAAUUAUUCUGAUGUGUACUUUAGGAAUAUUUUACAUUUUGUGUAGGCCUGUUUGCCUGUUUAUGUGUCCUAAUUAAUUAAGACUGAUUGUGUAAGGGAAAGCAUUUCCAAACUGGUGGCAAUGGAGAAGGAGUUUUUUUAAUGACAGCUAUAAACUCGCUGAUGCAGAAGAACAAAAUAAUUUAUAAUCUUGUGAAUGUACUGAAGAAAAAAGGGGGGAGAUAUAUUUUAGAACGUGCGAUUCACAGAGAACACUUCGUUGCUGAAAUACACUUCUUCAAGGUUUAGA